CCCUAUCUUUGGUGUUAUUGAGAUAAGAGAUGUCGUUUCUAUUUCUAGUCUAUCUAUUUCUAUAAAUGGAAAAUUAUGCAAAAUUUAAAAUUGAAAAAUCGUUAUAUAAUAAUCCAAAAAUUGCAAUAGAAAAGAAAAAGAGAGGUUUGAGAUGAUUUUUCAAUCUUUUAUACUGGAGAAUCUAGUAUUCUUAUGCAUGAAGAUAAUUAAUUCGAUAGUUGUGGUCGGACUCUAUUUUGGAUUUAUGACCACAUUUUCCAUAGGGCCCUCUUAUCUCUUCCUUCUUCGAGCUAGACUUGUGGAAGAAGGAACCGAGAAGAAAAUAGCAGCAACAACUGGGUUUAUUACGGGACAGCUCAUAAUGUUCAUGUCUAUCUAUUAUGCGCCUUUGCAUUUAGCAUUGGGUAGACCCCAUACAAUAACUGUCAUAGCUAUACCCUAUCUUUUAUUUCAGUUCUUCGGCAAUAGUCAAAAAAACUUUUUGAAUUAUGGAUACAAGAAUCCAAAUUCAAUACGUAAUUUUAGUAUUCAAAGAAGAUUCUUUCAGAAUCUUCUUUUUCAAUUUUUAAAUCCCCUUUUCUUACCAAGUUCAAUAUUCAUGAGAUUCAUCAAUAUUUAUUUGUUUCGAUGUAACAAUAAAAUUACUAGAAAGAUUAAUAUAUCUAGAAUAAAGAAUAAUAUAUACGAAGCUAUUCGCCCACCCCCCACAUAUUUGAUAGCUUCUCCUAGAAAAAAACUUGUAAUACCUAUUCCAUUGGUAAUUCCAUCAAUUCUUUUUUUAUCAAAAAAAGAAUUGAAUUUCACUAAUCUUCUGAUACUGGCAAUUAAAUAUUUUUCAUAAAAAACAUCUAUAUAACCAUGAUUAUACGACCAAUUAUAUAUGAUAUUUUGAAAAUUAUCGGCAACAUUUUUUUGAAGAAAACUUUUUUCAAAUAAAUUUAAUAAAUUCAAAUUUUUUAAAUAGGAAUAAACCGAUUUGUAAAAAAAAGACGCUAUAAAGAUUCCCCAAAAAGUGAGACUCACAGAAAAAGUUGCGUUUGUUAAAAAUUCAUAAUAAUUAAAAAAUUUUUUUGAAUCUUUAUGUAAAAGGUCUAUAAACGGAAUUAACAAUUUUGAUAAAAUAUCCAAAUGUAUUCCUUCUUGGCUGAAAGAGAUUCCUAUGGCACCAACGAAUAAAGUAAAGAGCACUAAAACAAGCAUAGAAAAUCGCAUAGUAUUGUUAGAUUCAUUAGGAUAUAAACAAGCAGUUUUUUUAGUGCCAAAAUGAAUAAUACCAAAAACAAGAUGUUUUAUAUUUUUUAUAUUUUGAUUAACGCGAUGUAGAUAUCUCUUCCGGAUAAAAAAAGAAGUGAUUUCAUUCUUUUUGAUUCUUAGUAAAACUAAUAAAAAAUUUUUGUUUUUUCUUUUAAGUUUUACUUGUUUCUUCCCCCAUAAAGAUAUUGAAUAGAAUGAACUAUUUUUUUUUCCAUUAAAAUUCAAAAAAUGAACGUUUAAAUAUCCUUCAAAAACAAGUAAAUAAAUUCGAAACAUAUAAAAUGCAGUUAAUCCUGCUGCAGAACAAGCUAUUAUUGCAAAAAUUGGUGAAUACAACCAACUAUCAUUAAGAAUCUCAUCCUUAGACCAAAAACAGGCAAAGGGUGGAAUACCGCAAAGAGAGAGUGUACCCACUAAAAAAAAAGUUUUUGUAAUUGGUACAUGUUUUGUUAAACCGCCCAUAAAAACCAUAUUUUGACUUUUAGCUGGAGAAUAUCCGACAAGAGCUUCCAUUGAAUGAAUAAUAGAUCCAGAUCCUAAAAACAACAAUGCUUUUGAAUAAGCAUGAGUAAUCAAAUGAAAUAAAGCGCCUCGAUAAGAUCCCAUACCCAAAGCUAACAUCAUAUAACCCAAUUGAGACAUUGUAGAAUAGGCCAAAUUUUUCUUAAUAUCUUUUUGAGCAAUAGCUAAAGUAGCUCCUAAUAUUACUGUUAUUAUACCUAUAAAAGCUAUUGCGUUCAUUAUUUUGGGUAGCACUACGAAAAGAGGAAAAAGACGAGCCACAAGAAAAAUUCCAGCGGCUACCAUAGUAGCAGCAUGUAUAAGGGCAGAAAUUGGAGUAGGCCCCUCCAUAGCAUCGGGUAGCCAUACAUGAAGAGGAAAUUGGGCAGAUUUUGCAACUGAGCCAGAAAAUAGCAAGAGAGCAAACAGAGUAACAAAAAAAAGAUUCAUUUCAUUUUUAGAAAUCAAAUUAUUUAUAAUUUGAAACAAAUGCCGAAAUUCCAAACUACCCGUUAUCCAAUAAAGACCUAAAAUUCCCAAUAAUAAACCAAAAUCCCCUACACGAUUUGUUACAAAUGCUUUUUGACAAGCAUUUGCCGCAAUAGGGCGAGUGAACCAAAAGCCUAUUAAUAAAUAAGAACACAUUCCAAUUAAUUCCCAAAAAAAAUAAA